AUGUCGUCUGAUGAUGGUAUCGUCGUUGCAGUAUACCAGGGCUACUUUACGGAGAACUGCCUUGGCCUCACGGUCAUGACGAUCAUCGCGUACGAAUAUAUCCUGACAUUUCGUCAAGAAAUCGACUACUUUUGGAAGGGCAAAUUCACCGGGGCGUCCGUGCUCUUCUUCUUAACGCGAUACCUGGCUGUGCUUGUGAACGUCAUUGAGACGAGUGGCUUUGCGAACAUCACGCCGCAGGCGUAUGUGCUUCUGCUUGCAAUGACGAGCAAUGCACCCUUACUGAGUCUUUCCAUCACCUGGUAUGCAACGUAUAGCACGACCCGGCUGGCUCCUGCGAGUAUGAGCGGUGCGCCGUCUUUCGCCUCCACCCUUCUUCAAGAUGGGUUGUUAUACUUCGUCGUCCUCCUCAUCCUGAACACUCUCCAUCUCAUAUUCACGAUGCUCUCAAUCGUCGGCGACUCCCAGUCGCCCGCGAGCUACCUCACCAUCUUCACAGAACCGCUGACCGCGGUUCUGAUCGCGCGCUUCCUCCUCGACCUCCAGGCGACGAACCGGUCCGCGCUCGACGCGUGCGAGUCGAGCGACGAUGCCGAGGCGGGCAUCGGAGGGGGCUUCCCGUCCCCCGGCUCACUCGUCUUUGAACGCUUCGUCGGCUCGCUGGCGUCCACUGUCACGCAGUCGGACUGGCACGCGGAGGAGGCGCAGUGA